AUUUUAUAAGUUUAACUUUCCACAAUAUGAUGUUUAUAACGUUUUGUUUACAAUCUAUUGCAAAAUGUUUUAUCUACUUUCGCAAUGAUAACAUUUGAACCCUAAGACCCCCGCAAGUUACAAUACGUUAUUAUGAAUAUCAUAGCGGCUGUGAAAAGCGCAUCCUGAUAGUUACGUGGAGUAGUAUGCGAACUAAGGGGAGGUUUCUUAUUGGACUCUCGGACUCUCGCGGACUCACUUUCGUAAAGAUCUUGAACCGAGAACGUGACGACCGGUGCAGCUGCAGCUUUAUACUUAUAAUACUACUAAAAUUUACUUUAAUUUUCAGAUCUUAGUCGUUUUGUUUAAUUUACACAAUGUCUGCAGGAAAUUUAGUACUGUUAAGUGUAUCAGAUAAAACAAAUCUUUUACCUUUUGCAAAAAAGCUGCAUGAAUUGGAUUUAAUCUUAGUUGCAUCAGGUGGUACUGCAAAAUUUUUAAGAGAUGCUAGUAUUCCUGUAAAAGAUGUUUCUGCUAUUACUGGAGCACCUGAGAUGCUCGAUGGCAGAGUAAAAACUCUUCAUCCUGCUAUACAUGCAGGCAUAUUAGCCAGGCUCACAGAGACUGAUCAAAAAGAUCUUCAGAACCAAAAUUAUGAGCUUAUUAAACUUGUAGUAUGUAAUCUGUAUCCAUUUGUAAAUACUGUCUCAAAACCUGAUGUUACAAUCGAAAAUGCUGUAGAAAAUAUUGAUAUUGGCGGAGUAACUUUAUUAAGAGCUGCAGCUAAGAAUCAUAAUAGAGUGACUGUUGUAUGUGACCCUAAUGAUUAUGACAAAGUAAGAGUAGAAAUGGAAACAUCAGCUGAUAAAGAUACUUCUUUGAAAACUAGGGAAAUAUUAGCUCUCAAAGCAUUUACUCACACAGCAGAAUAUGACAAUGCUAUCUCAGAUUAUUUCCGUAAACAAUAUAGUAGUGAUGUUUCUCAACUAACAUUACGAUAUGGAAUGAAUCCGCACCAGAAACCAGCACAAAUUUAUACUACUUUGGACAAAUUGCCACUAACUGUAAUAAAUGGUUCUCCAGGUUUUAUUAAUCUCUGCGAUGGAUUAAAUGGUUAUCAGUUGGUAAAGGAAUUAAGAACAGUUCUGAAUUUACCAGCUGCAACAUCAUUUAAACAUGUUAGCCCUGCUGGUGCAGCAGUUGCCGUACCAUUAGAUAUGCUAGAAGCAAAAGUAUGUCAAGUGGGUGAUUUAUUAGAUCAUUUAACACCUUUAUCAACUGCUUAUGCUCGUGCAAGAGGUGCAGAUAGGAUGUCUAGUUUUGGAGAUUUUAUAGCAUUAUCAGAUCCUUGUGAUGAAAUUACAGCUAGGAUUAUAUCUAGGGAGGUGUCUGAUGGAAUUAUUGCGCCAGGUUAUUCACAGAGUGCAUUAAAAAUCUUAAAAAAGAAAAAAAAUGGUGCUUAUUGCAUUCUUCAGAUUGAUCCUACUUAUGUGCCAUCUUCAAUGGAGCAGAAAGUUCUGUUUGGUUUAACUAUGGAACAAAAGCGCAAUGAUAUUGUUAUUAAUAAAGAUACGUUUGCUAAUAUAGUAACUAAAAAAGUCCCAGAUAUACCUGAUGAUGCUAUAAGGGAUUUAAUCGUGGCUACUAUUGCUGUGAAAUAUACACAAAGUAAUUCAGUAUGUUAUGCUAAAAAUGGACAGGUAAUAGGAAUUGGUGCUGGACAACAAUCAAGAAUUCAUUGUACAAGGCUUGCUGGUGAUAAAGCCGAUAAUUGGUGGUUACGUCAGCAUCCUAAUGUUAUUAACAUGAAGUUUCACAAGGGUGUAAAAAGAGCAGAUAUUUCAAAUGCUAUUGAUAAUUAUGUAAAUGGAUCUAUUGGGAAAGACAUGGAUUAUGCUGAUUGGUCAAGUCUGUAUAUUAAAACACCAGACCGGCUUUCCGAAAGUGAUAGAUUAGAAUGGAUCAAGAAGGCAAAUAACAUUGCUUUAAGUAGCGAUGGCUUCUUCCCAUUUAAAGACAAUGUGGAACGAGCAGCAUUGAGCGGUGUAAAAUAUAUUGCAAGUCCUUCUGGUUCUACAAACGAUGAAGAAGUAAUAGAAACUUGUGAAUACCACAGAAUUGCAUUAGCCCACACUAAUCUGAGACUCUUCCAUCACUGAUACAAAGAAAUGUGAAAAACAUGUUACUCAACAAAUGCUAUGUUUGCUGUGUUCUUGAGUAACAAGUUUCAUUACAUACUAUCUUUUAUUCACUAUGUAUACUAUAUAUGUACUAUACUAUACUAUAUACUAUGUAUACUAUAUUAUCCACUAUAUAUUAUAAUGGUUGAUAAUCAACUAAACAACAAUUUCUAGGUUUCUACAUUAGAUAUAAAGUUUUAUAUUCUUUAUAGCAAUGUAAUAUCAAGAAUAAAAGAAUUACAAAUUUGAGUACAUUUUCAUAGUCCCAUACAAUCAACCAAUACAGUCUUCAUUCUUUAUUUAAAGCAUGCAGCAUAUAUACAUACAUAUAUUUACAAUAUGCGUUAUUAAUUGUGGAUGAAAGAGAUUUUUAAUCUUUAAUCGUUUGGAAAUAAAGCUACAAUCGAAAUUUCUUUAUUCUUAA